GUAGAGUAGUGGAAGCAAAAGCCUAAAAGAGAGAGAGAGAGAGAAAAAAAAGUGUUGUGAGAGAGCAGAAAUGGAAAGGAGGCCAUGCAAUGUGAAAGGUGUAAUCAGAGGAGCAUGGUCUGCGGGGGAAGAUAAGAUCCUUAAAAACUACAUUAAAAUCCAUGGCGAAGGGAAAUGGACAGACCUGCCUCAAAGAGCUGGGUUGAGGAGAUGUGGGAAGAGUUGCCGGCUUCGUUGGUUGAAUUAUUUAAGGCCAGAUAUUAAGAGAGGCAACUUUUCUGAGGACGAAGAAGAUCUCAUUAUCAAACUACAUAAGCUUCUUGGUAACAGUUGGUCACUCAUUGCUCGAAGAUUACCGGGACGAACUGACAAUGAGAUAAAGAAUUACUGGAACACCAUUUUAAGCAAGAGGGUGCAAGGUGACAAGAUUCAUGAACAAAGUAGUAGAAUAUUAAAAUCCACUGGAAGGAUAAGAAAGUUGACAUCAGACUCAAAUCCAGGAAUAAAAUCGGUUGCUCACCCUGUGAUUCGACCAAAAGCAGUACGGUGCACAAAGGUUAUCCUCCCAUGGCAACCAGAUAAAAAUCAAAUGUUCAAUGAAAAUAUAGUUCCUUAUGGGAAUAGUGAAAACCUAUUUCCUUCAAUUCAGCCGAAGAAUAAUAUCUUUGACUUUCUAAAAGAUUUGGAUAUAAAUUACUUUUUGAGAUCGGAUGUGCCAAAUUCAGAUGGCCACCAAACCAAUGAAAUCAACGUAUGUGACAUUGUGUUGGAUUUGCCAGUUUCUGGAUGCAAUGCCAAGCUUAAAGAUUUAAUCGAUGAAGGGAAGCCUGAGAAUUGGAGGGCUACUAAUCCCUUUCAGCCAAAUGAAGCUAUGGAUCUUAACACAUUGGCAUCUUUUUUGGAUUCAGAAGAUGCAUGGAUUAGCUGAAAGUAAACAAGAUGCAUAACUAAGCCCAUUAUCUUCAUGAAUAAUUAGUGCCCAUUGCUGUUAGCAUUUUCUUAUGUUGUUGGUUAGUAUUGUCAUCUAUGUGUAUCUAAUUAAAUCAUGAAUAGUUGGAGUGUAUUUUGCUUGGCAUCUGUUGCACCCAAUAAUGGAUAAUGCUCACCACAUGUUAAUAUUAGACAUUUUUCAGUUGCAAA